AGAUCACGCCUCGAAGAGCCCAAGAGAUCUGGCGGGGGACUAUCGAUCCGGGUCUUCAACCCGAUGCCAUUCACUGUUCUACAAUUCACUCAGAGAGGUCCCACUAAUCAACCGGGCUAUGUCCCGGUCUAUUCUGCUUCUCGUGGUCACCCUAGGACUAGUCUCUGCUGCUGCAAAUUGCCCUAGUCUCCCUUCAACUUGCGUCUGUGACAAGGAGGGAAAUGGCCGUGUUUCAAUUACUUGCGAGGGAUCGCAUCUACCUAGUUUAUUCAAGGACAUCGGGUCAACUCCGCUCGAACGGCUGCGCGUGUCGGGAUGUUCGCAGCCGACGCUGGACGUGCUGCCAGCCGGCCCGAUCCGAUCGCUGACGCUGUCGAACUGUCGCAUCUCGACGGUGGAUCCGAAGGUCUUUCGCAUAGUCGAAUCGUCACUGGAAGAGUUGAACCUGCUAAACAACAGUCUCUCAAAUAUUCCACUUUUUGGGAAUAUGUCAAGGUUGAUGUCUCUGAAUCUGCACGGAAAUAAGCUGAAAGACAUUCCUGAGCAUUCUUUCGACGGACUACCAAACUUGCGCUUCCUACGAGUCGAACGCAAUCAAAUCUGCUCUUUUACACCGAAUGCUUUGGCAGAAGUGAAAUCGAAUCUGGAACUGCUUGAUCUGAGUGGGAACUGCUUUUCUUCUAUCCCUGCACAAAAUUUGCGGAAUAGUGUGAAGUUGAUGUAUCUCGAUCUUUCCGACAAUAAAAUUGGCGAGAUCAACAACUUCGAGUUGAUGAACCUGCCAGAGCUGAAAGAGCUACGACUACAUGGCAACGUCUUGAAUCUGAUCCACCCAAUGGCUUUCAUGAACGUCCCACAGUUACAGUAUCUCUAUAUGAGAGACAAUCUGAUUGGGAGUCUGGAUGGGAAUAGACUUCAGGCUUUUCGUAAUCUGGAAAUUCUGGAUGUGACCAACAAUUUGCUGCAGAAGUUGCCUGAGCUGAAAGAUCUGACAAACUUGAAGCAAGUUCGGCUUGAUGGGAAUCUCAUAGAGAAAGUGGAGACUUUGGCAUUUUCUAAUAAUCCGAAACUUCAACUGAUUAGUAUGCAGAACAACAAUAUUGUUCAAAUCGCUAGGAACAGCUUCGACUCACUGGAUCAACUCCUCGUUCUGCUGCUCUCAAAUAACUCCAUACAAAGCAUAGAACGUGGCAUGCUGGAUGGGAUGAAAAAUCUGCAGCAACUUAAUCUUCGCAACAAUUCUCUGACAACAAUAGAUGAACACACUUUUGCUUCACUUCGUCACUUGACAACUUUGGAUUUGGCCUACAAUAAUUUGAAAAAGAUCGGGAAGAAAACUUUCCUUCACCAAGACAAGCUAUUUUGGCUGGAUUUGUCUAACAAUCGGCUCACGUCCUUCGAACAAGGAACUUUCGAUGCGAAAAUUGCAAAUAUCCUCUUGGAUGGGAACGAAUUGGUGUGUGACGACUCGUUUGACUGGUUUGUGAGGUAUCUAGUCACCAACCGUGUGCGAACGUUUUUGCCAUUCCAGCCGGAGAUUACUUGUGCUGGUCCGGAAAAGUACGCUGGCGUGAGACUCAAAGACCUUAUGAUGAAAAAGGCCAACGAUACCUUGAACGAAGGAAUGAGGACCCUUGGAAUAGGCGACCAAAGCCAGAGAUCGCUGAUCUCCUCAUUAAUCCCAGGACUGCGCCCUUCCCAGACCGCUAUGGAUAGUGCAGCUCUCGAAAAAGCGGCUGCAGGGCUUCCCAUUUUGUCCACUCUGACCCAGGCAAUACCAUCAGUGCGAAAUAUGCCAGCAUUGGAAGCGGGCGGAACGGCCGCGAGGCACGCUGUGAAUCCCCAACUGAACAGAGCUCUUGAACAGUUCACUGCACCACUGGUCCGUUUCGCAACCGGGGGUCAACCUGUAGCAAGCGAUAUUCAGCAGCUGAUUGAGUCAAUUCCAAACUUCAUCGUUAAUGUGCCAGGCUUAGGAGAUGUUGACAUCAGCAAGCUGGAUCCAAGUCUUAUCUCCCAUGUUUUGCGAGGAGGGCAGAUUCCUGGAAUUCCUCGAGAGACACUGGACACUAUCGUACAACAGUACAUGCUAAAAAUGCAUGAAGCAGCGGCAGCUGCUCAGAAAGGAACUCCUGUGCCAAAUAGUGAAAAAUUCCUACCGACGUUCGACAAGCUCCCACAUGAGUUAAUUGCAGCAGUCAUCCAAGGUGAUAAGUUGCCUGGAUUGAAUGAGUCACAAACUGAGACGAUCAAGGAGUAUUAUACGAGCCUGAUACCUGUGCUGGCUGCUGAAACGGAGACAACAAACGAGACGGAUGCUGUCUCGCCAGCACCACCGAAGAAGAGACCAUUCACAUUCCCUAAGGAGAUGCUGGAUUUGCUGAGGUUGCUACCGGAAAAGUACGAUCUUAGCAGAAUUCCAACGGAGAUCCUAACAGCGUUCGCUCGAGGAGAAGUUCCUGAUCUGCGCAAGUUACCUGCCGAUCUUUUGGAACAUUUCAAGGCGAACAGUGACAAAUUAGGACUGAUCUUCAACCGAGUGGCAGCUGGAAAUGCUUCGAUAGAAGAGAUGCUGGCAAAGUUGCCUACGUUUGAGAAGCCUGUUCUUUCCACAUUUUCGCCAUACGACAUCAAUCGACUUUCGAAUGAUAUGAUUCAUGAAGAGGAGGAGGCAGCAAAGGCAGCGCGAAUGAGGAUCUACACGGCUAUCGCUUUGAGCUUUGUCGGUGCUCUGACAAUAGUAGUGCUUGGAAUCUUCGCUGUAUACAUCAAAAGACAAAGACAAGGAAAGGAACGACAAACAUUGAUGUCGCCUGGUGGUCCACUUCCAGGAGCCCCUAUUGCAAACUCUACGAUGAGACGAGUUCCUGCUUGCCAGUCUAGUGAACUGCAUUUGAGAGUCGACUAG